GGUGGCGUGGGGGGCGUACAGCGGCGCAGACAGCCUCGCUACCAGCCCAGCUAUUUUUUUUAUUUUUUAUUUUGACGGACUUUGUCUUGACAGCUCCUCCGGAAAUGUGGCCAGACGUGAGGAUAUUGUUACUUUUUUCCAUGGCCGUCGCGUCAGAAGUGACGGAGGAGUGUGAGGAUGGACAGUUCCAGUGCAACAACAAAAGAUGUAUUCCCACCCUGUGGAGGUGUGACGAUGACGACGAUUGCUCGGACAACAGCGAUGAAGACAAUUGUCCCCGGAGAACGUGCGCCGCCGCGGAGUUUGCCUGCCUGAACGGGCAGUGUGUCCCAGGGCGAUGGCGCUGCGAUGGCGAACCAGAAUGUCCGGACGGUUCUGACGAGGCGGAGGAGACUUGCAGCAAGCAGACUUGCCCACCCGAGAAAUUCGACUGCGGGGGAUCCAAUAAGUGUGUCUCAUUGUCGUGGAGAUGCGACGGCGAGAGGGAUUGCGAGAACGGGGCGGAUGAGGAGGACUGCGCAUCCGACGCCAAAGCCUGCCCCGCUGGCCAGUUCAUGUGCGCCAACCGAAAGUGCUUGGCCGCGGUCCACGUGUGCGACGGCGACGACGACUGCGGAGACGGCAGCGACGAGCUCAAGUGCGCGUCGCCUCUCACCUGCGGGCCCAACCAACUCCGCUGUAACAAUUCCGAGUGCGUGCCGCUCAUGUGGAGCUGCGACGGCGAUCCCGACUGCGCGGACGGUUCGGACGAGGGGCCCGAGCGCUGCGGCGGCGGCGACGGCCUCCACCUGGCUAACCGCAGGGCCGCCUGCACGGCCCAGGAGUUCCGCUGUGCCAAUGGGGAGUGCGUACGGCUAAGCUGGAAAUGCGACGGCGAUCCCGACUGCAAAGACAAGUCGGACGAGUCGGACUGCCCCCUGCUGACUUGCCGGCCUGAUGAGUUCCAGUGCGGUGAUGGUUCUUGCAUCCACGGCACCAAGCAGUGUAAUAAGGUCAACGACUGCCCCGAUCACAGCGAUGAAUCCGGCUGCGUCAAUUCCACCAAAUGCGAGGGCCCCCUGAAGUUCUUGUGCAAGAACGGGGAGUGUAUUGAUAGUUCCAAAGUGUGUGACUCUGUCAAGGACUGCAAGGACAGAUCAGAUGAGCCCAAGAAAGAGUGUGGUCUUAACGAGUGUAUGAUAAACAACGGCGGCUGCUCCCACGUCUGCAUGGACCGACCCAUCGGGUUUGAGUGUCAGUGUCCCGCCGGCUACCAGCUACUGGACAAGAAGACUUGCGGAGACAUUGAUGAGUGUGAGAAUCCGGACGCCUGCAGCCAAAUCUGCAUCAACUACAAGGGGGAUUUUAAGUGCGAAUGCUAUGAAGGCUACGAGAUGGAUCCCGUCACAAAGACCUGCAAGGCAGAGGGAAAAAGCCCUUACCUACUGUUCACUAACCGACAUGAGAUCCGACGUAUCGACCUGGUGAAGAGGGACUACAGCCAGGUGGUUUCAACCCAGAAGAACACUGUGGCUCUCGACCUGGACGUGGCUAAUAACCGAGUCUUCUGGUGUGACCGUUUUCAUCGGAAAAUCUACAGUGCCUUCAUCCACGAGGCCAGCGACCCGUCUCAGCAGGUCCAACUGGUGGAGUCGUCGCUGCAAACCCCAGCUGGUCUUGCUCUGGACUGGCUGCAGCACAACCUGUACUGGACCGAUUCUGGUGACAAAUCCAUCUCCGUGGCCUCAGUGGACGGCACCAAGAGACGUGUCCUCAUCAACACGGAUCUUAGUGAGCCCAGAGCCAUAGCGCUGGAUCCUCAUCACGGUUUUAUGUACUGGUCGGACUGGGGCACAAGAGCCAAGAUAGAGAAGGCCGGGAUGAACGGAGUGGACCGGCAGGUGCUGGUGGCCGAUAACACCGAAUGGCCCAACGGCAUCACUCUCGAUGUAGCUAACCGGCGUCUGUACUGGGUGGAUUCCAAGCUGCACCACAUAGCCAGUGUGGACCUGAACGGAGCUCACCGCAGAACACACAUGGCAUCUGCGGAGAGGCUCGGACACCCCUACGCUCUGGCUGUGUUCGAGGAUCGUAUCUACUGGACAGACCGAGACAAGGCGUCAGUCUUCAUGGCCAACAGGCUGACGGGUCAAGACAUUCACACUCUGGCUGAAAACCUCAACGAUCCGCACGACAUCGUGGUCUUCCACCAGCUGCGACAGCCUCAAGGUUCGGACAGCUGCAAUCUGGGCAGCGUGGCCAAUGGAGGCUGUGAGUACUUAUGUCUUAAAGCGCCGCAGAUUACCGAGCACUCUCCUAAGUACACCUGCGCCUGCCCCGACGGACAGGAGCUCGGCCCUGAUAUGAGGGCUUGUGUGCCAGCGCCGAGAAACGACAUGCCGCGCUCACCCUCACACGCGCUCACGCCCGCUACCGCGGCAACGCGAGACUUCCUGCCACCUUCUGAGGGAGUCUCGCUGGCAGACGCCACCCCGCGUUUGACCACGACACCUCUCGCUGCCCUGGAGCCGCGCACGCCCCUCGGCACGCUCAAGGCAGUGUCGUCGCGGGAGUCCAAGGCGACCGGAUCGCACUCAACUGCCACCGUCACCGUUGAGGCCAGCACACUCGCAGGCGACAGCAGCGUGUCGCAACACUCUGGAAGUGAGCAUUUCCUCCUCGGAGAAAACCUGACGGUGGCUGUUUUGGGAGUGGUCAUCCCCAUUGUUCCUAUCGUUGCCACAGUGGUGUUGGGCUUGGUCUGCGCCGGGGUCUACCUGCUGUGGCGGAACUGGAGGCGCGAGUCCACCAAGAGCAUGAAUUUUGACAACCCCGUCUACCGCAAGACCACCGGCGAGGGCGAGGACGACGAGAUCCACAUCGGCCGGACCGACGGCGCGGGGCACCACGUGCACCACCGCCACCUGUACCCGCAGAGCGUGGGCAUGGGGGUGGUGAGCUCAGCAGGCGGCACCUGCCCGCAGUUCAUCACCUUACCGCUCGGGGGCAGCGUGCCCGAUCCGGGGGCUCAUUGGUAUACGGAGCAGCCCGUGCUCUCCACCGCGUGAGACAGAAGCGGAGGCUUCGGGGGACAAGAUGGCUGCCGUGACGACGACAUACAGGGAGGUCAGAGGUGACUGAGGUCACAUAUCAUCAAAUGCCAUCCACAGCCAUGUUCUAUGCCAAUUUUCAAAGUUCCAUUGCUUCUGUUCGCUGGAGCCGGAUCUAUUUUUCUCGGAUGAAGUCACGUUUUGCGUUGACAGAGUGUCUGUUGUGUGUCGUCCGUGUUGUAAGCAAACUGGUGAGUGUUUUGUCCUUGAUGUGUUUAUUUGGGAUUUGUGUUAGGCCGGGAGUGACGAGAAGCAAAAGCGCCGAAAUGAUGGAUCUGCGUUGAUGGGACAAUCUGUACAGAUUAUGCGCCGAUGAAUUGAGAAGCGUUAUUCUUAUUUGACCUUCAACACUUGACAAAGUGAAAGGCUCUUCAUUGUGCAUGGAGGGGGAAACGUGCAACCGGAGCAGAAAUAAUGACAACGCUGGGUUGCUUUUUUCGUCACUGUGACGUUUCAAUAUUAUGCGGUUUGAAAGGAGCAAUAUAUCACAACUUUUAGUCGGCAGAGAAUAUCGCAAUCACGCGUUUGCCUGUGAUUCACAUAAAUGCACACAGCGAUAGGAUGCAAUGUGCACUUGCUCUCCCGGGCAUAAACACGCACGCACGCACGCACGCACGCACACUGUUUCUCCUGCAAACAUGGCCGACAUGGGAGCGGGAGGGCUCGCUCAGCAGGUGGCUGCAUCGUCGUAUGAUAACACAAACAGCGGACCCCCUCGUACUCGCGGUUCAGCACCAGCGCAUUCACCUAUUCAUGCAUUUUUUUUCAACCAUUUUUAAUUUUCUUUUCAAUUUUUUUCCCCUGCCCCAACGAAAUGAUAACGUGUGUCAAUUAUCGUCCGAUCUUUGCUGUUCGUGGUCCGGCCCGGUCGCAAUUGCGGGGGUCCGCUGCCCAAUGUUGACACUGUGUUGCUGACCCUGUAAACAUUGUGAGUACGCGCGUUCGCGUGUGCGUUGACUGUGAUGCAUGCGAGUGCUAAUGUUCACCCCUCGGCCACAUUUGAAGUGUUUGGACGCUGUGUGUUGCGCAACCCUCUUUGAAUGCCUUCUGUGUCGCAUGAAAGUUUGUGAAGCGGUGCACAAUGUGUAGAUGAAUGGAUGCCUAAUUGGGAUUGUCAUACACACACACACACACACACAGCGAUGAGGGUGCUUUUUGACUCAUUGAUAUGUAAAUAUGUUUUCAUAAGGUUUUUGAUAAUGUAUAAUAGCCUCCAAUGAUGUAAAAGACAAGCUGUACAUAAGAUUUUAGAUAAAGUGUUGACAGGUAUAUUAAUUUAUUUGUACAAAGCGAGCACGGCAUUCCCUGCUUGUCAGAAACCCAAAUUCUUCACCAAAGUUGUCAGUGUCGGUUCUGAUCGUGCAUCACUCAGCAUUGCUUUUUUCUGAGCCAGCCUUAUUUUUGUGUUAGUCCAUGUAAAACUGCGGACCCUCUUGACAUUUUUCCUCCUCGCAAUUCACCUUACAUCACAUGCAUGAAUGUUGCAAUUACUGUAAAUUUGUUCGUUUGUGCCUUUUUUGUUGUUGUUGCUUUUUUUUGUUUUUCUCAAUUACUGUUUUCAUGAAGACGCUGGACAAUUGUAAGAACAAAAACCAAACUGGUUCCACAUCUUGAUUUUCUGUGUCCCUUUUAAUAUCUCUAUAUAUUGGUACAUAAAAUUUGACUGGAAAUGUU